UCGUUGAGAACCAAGUUUCCUCUCUAUUAAAGACUGUCCAGUAACAAUCUUAUCGUUAAGUUUGUAUUCAUUUGUCUGAAAUAAUAUUAUUUCAGUCUUUCUGUUUUUUGUGAGUAUAGUUGCACUGCUGAGUGGAGGAGUUUCUGCUUCGCGGAACCUUCAUGCGCCACUACUUUGUUCAGUUUUCCGUGCUCCAAUGUCUUUUUUUGACACGACUUCAUUUGGAAGAAUCCUGAAUCGCAUUGGGAAAGAUAUUGAAGUAGUUGAUUUACUUCUGCCGCAGAAUAUUCAAUGUUUUCUACAGUGCUUGCUGCAAGUGGUAUCAACAUUAAUUAUAAUCAUGAUUUCUACGCCAAUGUUUUGUGUAGCUGUCGUUCCUUUGACAUUUUUGUAUGUUACAAUUUUGCGAUUCUACCUCUCUACAUCUACGCAGCUCAAACGCCUUGAGUCUAUUACUCGGUCUCCUAUAUACAGUCAUCUCAGCGAAACCGUGCAGGUAAUUGUUUGA